AGCGCGCAUCUAUAGGCGGAUGAGCGGCUCAACCUCUCUAAAGCCUCUCGGGUGAUGAUACACAGGAUUUCUUCGAUGAGGAAAACACGCGUCACAUGGGGUCAGCGCGAUCGCUUCCUGCUUUUGCGCGUUUCAUAGAGUCGCAACGUUAAGCUGUACGUCGAUGUCGCAUUCUCUGUCGCGAUGAUAAGCAAAGUUAAAAACGCCAUGUCCUCGCUGGUAGGCGGAAUCAUACCGCACGGCCACCAUCACCAGCAUCCGCAGCACGGAGCCGCGCAGAACGGCGGUACGGACUCGCUGCCGCCGCGCUUCCCCUACGGCAGACCCGAGUUUCUGGACCUGACGCCGGAGCAGCUGCAGUACUCCACCGAGCACGCGUCCAGACCGGUGAUCACGCUGAAGCGGGACAGCAGGCUGCCGUGGCGGACGGGAUACGCUGAGGUGAUAAAUGCUGGAAAGAGCAUGCUGAAUGAGGACCAGGCCUCCUGUGAGCUGCUCUAUGUGAAAAAGUUGAGCAGUAAACAGCAGCGCUGUUCUAUGGUGCUGGAGGACAGUGGGGACACCACAGGCAUUCCCAUCCACUUCUGGGGGGUUUUCGAUGGACACGCCGGCUCCGGCGCAGCCCUCGCGGCCUCCAAACUUCUCCAUCGCAGUAUCCGGGAUCGACUUUGCGAUGUGGCCCACAUCCUUGAAAACCAGAACAGUCCGCCGCCAAUCUGCCUGGCCAAGAACGGAAGCCCCUUUCAGGCGGAGGCAAAGAAAGGGGCCUGCCUGGACGGAGAAGAACAAGACGGACCACUGGAUGAACCCCGGUUCCACAUGGAGAAGGACAUCAGUGUGGAGAGUCUGGUGAUGGGAAUAAUAGAGACUGCUUUCAGACAGAUGGAUGAUCUUUUAGAGAAGGAGAAAGAGUCUUACAGCAUCUCUGGUGGCUGUUGUGCUUUGAUUGCAAUUCACCUGUUGGGGAAACUCUACGUAGCAAAUGCAGGAGACAGCAGAGCCAUAAUUGUUCAUAACAAUGAGGUCAUUCCCAUGUCCAAUGAGUUCACACCUGAAAGUGAAAGACAACGGCUACAGUACCUGGGAUUUCUCCAACCCGAGUUGCUUGGGAAUGAGUUUACGCAUAUCGAGUUCCCCAGACGCAUCCAACACAAGGAGCUCGGCAAAAAGAUGCUGUUCCGAGACCACACGAUGACUGGCUGGGCAUAUAAGACGAUUGUGGAAGACGACUUGAAAUUUCCUCUGAUUUAUGGCGAGGGGAAAAAGGCUAGAGUCAUGGCCACUAUUGGCGUAACUCGUGGUUUAGGGGAUCAUGACCUGAAAGUGUACAACUCCAACAUUCAUAUAAAACCCUUCCUCUCCUGCUGCCCAGAGGUAAAGGUGUACAACAUCUCUGAGCUCAAACACGGGUCUGAUGAUGUCCUGGUCAUGGGCAGUGAUGGACUGUGGGACGUCACGACAGACAGAGAUGUUGCGGAUGCUGUAUCCACUUUCCUGUCUGGUCGUGAACCCAACGACCCCUUGAGAUACACCCUAGCAGCACAAGAUCUUCUGAUGCGUUCGCGUGGGGUUCUCAAAGAGCGAGGGUGGCGUCUGCCCAAUGAGAGACUUGGCUCAGGCGAUGACAUCACAGUGUUUGUCAUUCCAUUGGCUGGGCUUGAGUUAGAAACAUGACAAGGUGGGUCCGCCUUCACCGGACAAGCACACCAGGACACGUCCCUGGCUCCGUCCCAGAGAAAGGGCUAGGAAACCGAAAAAUCCAAUUUCAUCAGACCGGGCGUCCCGGCUUCCCCUUGUCCACCCUUCCCUCUCAGAGUCACUCUUCAGCACGAAUAUCGUCAAGCCCAUGUCAGGUGUGGGAUGACAUCAACAAGUGCCAUUCCUCUGUCUUUCCAUCCCUUUCAGAUAUGUUGGGAAUGGAGGGCUUGGGUGUUCUUAAAAGAGCCAUGAGCCGCUUGAAAUCUGCAUUUUAGGCUGGCGAAGGAAUGCCAAUAUUGCUAUAAAAAAAACCAACCCCACAGGCGAGGGAAAAUAAAAUCAUAGGCACUUUAUGUAGCAAAAACAACCUGAGCUGUAAUUUAAACUGCUGAUCAUCUUUCCUAAAGGUCCUGAGAGUCUCCAAAGAAUGUUUCUGUUGACUGAAUCUACGGUUUUCUAUAGCAAUCAACAAAAACGAUGGGCAUUUAUUUCAGUUUUUCGUCAGUUGUUUCAGGUUUAUGGUUGAAACAAACCUCUUUAUAGAGGAAACAAUGCAAAUGUCUAUAUUCUAGAACAAAUCAUUGAAGUUAACAUGAAAUCAUAAUUCAUUACCUACUUUUUACGGUGAAAAUAUAUUCUGAUUAUUAAAAUCUGCUGAUUUCUUUAGGAAAUCCUGUUUCUCUAAAAUAAAUGAUGUACUGUAUAACUUAAGUAAAUGAUGCUGUUUCAUGUUGACUUAAAGGCAGAAAUGUAUAAUAGUAUCAACCUUGCUUCAGUAGGACUAGUUCAACUAGAUCAUUUCCUCAACUUCCACAAAAAGCCAUGUACACAAAAUUUAAACAAUCUAGUAAUCUGAGUUUCAUUGGAACAAAGACAUUGAUGGAUACAACAACUGAAUUUACCCAACUGAUCUGCUUGCACUGCUCUAGAUGUAAUUGUAGUGGCUGAACUACCAAUUUCUUUGCUGUAGAUAAAACCUCAUUUGGUCUAAAACCUUUCGUCGGUAAACAAUCUCCUUUUCUUUUAGAUUCUGACCUGAAACUGAGAAACCUUAAUAAAGUUUGAUCAGUCUUUUUGUACUCCUUGAAUGUACCUUAUUUCCUCGACGUCAGUAUUGUGUCUGUGUAGUGUGUGUACUGUUUAAAUAUUGAUUUCUGCCUUUUGAAUGACGGUUCAUUGUCAAGAGAGUACUCUUUGCAAAUUAAUAUGUGACAUUCUAAAUAAAUCUAUCCUUUUUACAA